UGAUAUUAUUACGGUUAAACUUUUAGCCUACCUAUAAAUACCGUGUCGGCCACAACCGUUUUCAUCAGUUCAUUAUUGUGCAUUUUACACAUCUACCACAUCCAUUCCAAUCCAAACACACACACACAAUGGCCGCCAAGUUGAUCGUGUUCGCCGCUUGCGUGGCUUCAGCGCUCGCCCAGUACCCUUACGCCGCCCCGGCUUACCCGGCCCCGGCUUACCCCAAGGCGUACGCCCCCGAACCGGCUUACCCGCCGAAACCGUACAGCUUCGAGUACAGCGUCAACGACCCGUACACUUACGACGUGAAGAGCCAGUCCGAGUACGCCGACGGCAACGGCUACGUCAAGGGCUCGUACAGCCUGGUCGAGCCCGACGGUUCCACCCGCGUGGUCGAGUACACCGCCGACGACUACAACGGAUUCAACGCCGAGGUGAAGAAAAUCGACGGAGGCUACAAGGCCCCGUACAGCGCCCCGGCCUACAAGCCAGCGCCGUACUCCGCCCCGGCCUACCCGGCCGCCUACCCCGCACCGGCCUACAAGCCCAGCCCGUACAAGCCAUACUAAGCCGCAUGACGCGUGGGUGCCAUAUUUUCUUCAAUCUCUUUGAUCUGAUAUUACACCGACAACAGCUGUCAUCGUACGGAUGUGCCUUCGUUAAUAUUACUGUUUUAAUAUAUUAUUUUCUAUUGUAUAAAAAUGACUGUGCACUGUACAUUACAUCGUGUAAAUAAAACACUCAUCGUACCUUA